GUAACGUCCGUCCUGGUGACACCUCUAUUUUUAAAUUUAUUGCGUGUGUGAAAAAAUUAAAUUCUUGUUGCAUUUACUUUAUAAAUAAUUUUGCUAUAUAUUCUUUUACGUUUCGACUUUUUCUAUCUUCCCUCCGCGACAUUAUGUAAUUAUCGUCAAGCGUGCUUUCUACGGUUGUGUGUUUUCCCCGGAAGUAUCGCGAAAGAUGAGUUUGUUGGUUUUCUUCGUGGCAAUGGUCCACCUUCUCUACACUCCCUUCACGAAAGUGGAGGAGAGUUUCAAUAUUCAGGCAAUGCAUGAUCUUCUCUAUCACGGAUUCAAUCUCUCUCAGUACGAUCACCACGAUUAUCCGGGAGUAGUUCCCCGGACAUUUCUUGGUCCCAUAGCGAUAUCAGCGAUGGUGUCUCCUCUUGUCCUCCUCUUUGAGAGCCUCGAAGUGGGUAAAUUUUGGGCACAGUAUGUAGUUCGAAUAACACUGGCUGGAUUGAUUGUCUAUUCCUGGAGUGAACUUCGGAAAACCAUCUCACAAAUGCUCGGUCUUUCGGUCUACAUUUGGCUCACUCUCAUUACGAUAUCUCAAUUUCAUUUUAUCUUUUACCUGAGUCGCCCUCUUCCCAAUAUCUUGGCGCUUCCGUUAGUACUUUUAGCUGUUAAUUAUUGGCUCAAGAAAACGCAUAAAGCAUUUAUUUGGACAUCAGGAGCUGCCAUAAUUAUAUUCCGUACUGAAUUGGCCAUCCUCCUGGGCCUAUAUCUCAUCUAUGACAUUACUUACAAAAAAGUUUCGCUCCAAGAGGUCAUCAAAACGACAAUCAUCGCAGGAGUUACCCUCCUAACUCUCACCGUUGGAAUUGAUUCAAUUUUUUGGCGUCGAUUAGUUUGGCCCGAAGGAGAAGUCUUCUGGUUCAACACAGUGCUAAAUAAGAGUUCAGAAUGGGGAACAUCCCCAUUUCUGUGGUACCUCUACUCUGCACUACCCCGUGCCAUGGGUCUUUCACUCCUCUUUGUACCACUGGGUAUUCGCUAUGAGGCUCGUAUACGCCCCAUUGUGAUACCCUGCUUCGUUUUCGUCGCUCUGUUCUCACUACUGCCACACAAGGAACUUCGAUUCAUCAUCCACGUCUUCCCUCUUCUCAAUAUCGCUGCUGCGUGUGCCUGUAGCCGUUUAUGGAUUAAUCGAGGAAAAUCACUUCUUCACUCUCUGGCAGCUUCUUUUGCAGCCCUUCACAUUCUAGCUAAUGUUGCUUUUACAAUGUUCCUCCUAAUUGUUUCCGGAACAAACUACCCGGGAGGUGUUGCAAUGUCACGGUUACAUCGUUUAGCUGCUAACGAAACUCAUGUGAGUGUUCACAUUGGAAAUCUUGCAGCCCAGAGUGGAGUGUCGCGAUUUACCGAACUCAAUGCUAAUUGGACAUAUAGCAAGAGUGAACUUACACCACGUGAUCUAGCCCAAAUGCGUUUUACCCAUCUUCUGAUUGAGUCAAAGCACAAACAAGAUCUAGAAUCAUAUACGUCUUCUUAUGCUAUUUUGGAAUUUAUUGAGUGCUUCGACACUAUUGGAUUGCAAUAUAAAUCCUUCUUACCGGUGAGAAUUAAAACGAGACCAUGUAUAUUUCUUCUUGAGCGGAAAAAAGGUGUUAAAGUACCAGAGAGGAACGUAGAACCUCAGGAAGAUCCACAUGAAGAAUUCCUACAGGAGAGUCAAAUUUCGGAAGAAGAAAUUGAAAUUCAAGCAAGAGUCGAAGAAGUUACACCAAUUGAGACCAUUGUGAAGGUGAAUGAUGAAAAAUCACAGGAAGAAAAAAGUCAAGAAAUUAUUGCUGACGAUGAGAAUGAGGAGAAACCAAAGAAUUCAGAAAAGGUACAAAGCGAAACAUUGGGAAUGGAAUCUCAUGUGAAAAACUCUCGAUCGGCCGAAGAGCAUAUUCCGCCUCUGAAUCGGGUCCCACGCGUGAUAAAAGGCAACAAGAUCGCAAAUAUCCGGAAAAUCAUCAAGACUGAUGAAAUGAAACAAAUGGUCGAUGGAAUCAGCAAGCUGGACUUGUCUGAAUUUUGUGAUUUGGACAAACUUUCAACAAAGGAGUGCCUUAAGAAGAUAAUUGAUGAGUACGGUGAUCAGGAGGAUGAGGAAUAGAGCUGCGAAAUAUACUUAUUAUUUCACGAAUACAUUACGCUUUAUUUAAAUGCCUCUCCAUUAUUGAAAUAUAAGUUUGUUUCUUUA